GAAGCAAGAGGGGAGGGAAUCUGAACCGGGAAUCCUGGCUGUAGUACUUUUGCUUUAUUAAAGGAGAAACGUUUCUUUUUAUCCUCUUGAACUCAUGAAGAAGUGAGAGGUACAAAUCCCUACGUUUUCGGUGCUGAAGUUUUAGCCAAAUCGAAAUAAAGAUAAGGUUUGGUUUGAAACUAAUCAGAGGAGUUGGCAGCACGACACUAAGUCGUGAAACUGACCUCCCGCAGGUACACUGAGGAGGUGCGAGAUCGUGGAUUCGCUAGCAGGGGCUCCAGACUUUCCCCCUUCUCGGCCAAUCUUCGCUUGUAUCAUUUAUUGUUGUGGGAAUUCCCUGAUGUUUUGAAGUUCUAGAAGCGAGCGAACUCUUUACAUGGAUGUGUCGGGGAGGAGUCGUUAGCUGAUAGAGAAAUGGAAGUGGUUGACGAGACUGAAGCCUUACAACGCUUUUUUGAAGGCAUUCACAGUAGAUACAAAGAAACAAUAAAAUAAAUGGAAACUACACAAAGAUGGACAAACAAUCAAGGGCAUGAAAUCAAUGGAGCUCUUGAUACGUCCAACAUUGAUACGAGUAUUCUGGAGGAGUACAUCAGUAAGGAAGACUCCACUGAAAUCUGUUUUCCAGAGCUCCCAGUCUCAGUAAGUUAUUCCAGCUCUCAAGCAUCUGGCUGUGGUUCAGCUGGCCAUUCUAUUCCCAGUGCUAUCGUGAACACGGGACACCUGAACAGCCCUUCCACCAGUGGAGUCAGCCACCUAUGUCACGUCACUGCUGGCUCAAUUCCAAUUGCAACUCGGCAUGGAAGUCACAUGCCUAACCCUGCAUCAUGUGGCCCAAGCCUCAGUGGUCAUGUGAACUGUACUGGCAACAAUGGAAUGAUAGUAAAAAGCUACCCCACCAACAUUUGCAUGAACAGCAACACAACUGCUAUUAAGGUGGAGCCAAAGCCUUCCUAUGCACCUGGUACUUUACCUGAAUCUCCACCUGAUUCCGGAUCUGAGCCGUACUCCCCUCCACAGGUGAAUGCAGAGUCCCACCUGCUCCGCACCAUGACACCAGAGCACCUCUGUCACAUGGCACCCUCUUCUCGUCUGGAACACCCUGCACAAACACACCUGCAACCACCACACCCUCAUCAGCCGCCCAACCCGCACUAUUCCAACGUGCCGCGGGAGAUGUACAUGAAGCCUGAGCCAAUGAUGUCCCAGUAUCCAGUAUCAGGAAUAUCACCAAAUGAGCUCCAUCAUGCCCAGCAGUCACAAAUGCUUCAUCAGCUUCUACAGCACCAUGGAUCAGAAGGUAUUCCUGUGCAUCCAGCCAAGAAACGGAAACAUUCUGACUCCCCGCCAAACACUUUAAACACUCAGAUGUUGAAUGGAAUGAUUAAACAGGAGCCAGGGUUAAUGCAAGACAACGACAGCCUGAAUGGCUCUUACCUGGAUCCCAACUACCAGUGUAUAAAAUGGCAGCCACACCAGCAGAACAAAUGGACUACUCUCUGUGAUGCCAACUGCAAAGAUCUACCCAAUCCUAGCUACAGAGUAGAUGCUGACAAAGGCUUUAACUUCUCGGUGCCUGAUGAUGCUUUUGUUUGCCAAAAGAAGAACCAUUUCCAGGUCACUGUUUAUGUUGGCAUGAUGGGCGACCCGAAAUAUGUCCGAACUCCCGAGGGGCUCAAACCAAUUGAUUUCUUCUUCCUGAAAUUGCACGGAGUAAAGUUGGAGGCAUUGAACCAGAGCAUCAAUAUUGAGCAGUCACAGUCAGACCGCAGCAAGCGGCCCUUCAAUCCUGUCACAAUUAACAUCCCUUCUGAUCAGGUCACAAAAGUCACAGUUGGAAGGUUACAUUUCAGCGAAACAACAGCCAACAACAUGAGAAAGAAGGGCAAACCGAACCCAGACCAAAGGUACUUCAUGCUGGUAGUCGCUCUUCAAGUUCAGACCCAGAAUCAGAACCACCUUGUGGCUGCACAGAUCUCGGAAAGAAUUAUUGUCCGGGCAUCAAACCCUGGGCAGUUUGAGAGCGACACAGAUGUCUUGUGGCAACGUGGUCAACUUCCUGACACCGUCUUUCACCAUGGUCGAGUUGGCAUCAACACAGACCGUCCUGACGAAGCGCUGGUUGUCCAUGGGAAUGUGAAAGUCAUGGGCUCAUUAAUGCAUCCAUCAGAUGCUCGGGCAAAGGAGAACAUCCAGGAGGUCGACACCACGGAGCAGCUGAGGAGGAUCACACAGAUGCGACUGGUCCAUUACCAGUACAAGCCAGAGUUCGCUGCCACAGCAGGCCUCGAGAAUGCUUCGGAGACAGGUGUUAUCGCACAAGAAGUGCAGGAGAUUCUGCCUGAGGCCGUGAAGGAGUCAGGGGACGUGGUGUGUGCCAAUGGAGAGACCAUCGAGAAUUUCUUGGUGGUUAACAAGGAACGGAUUUUCAUGGAGAACGUGGGAGCUGUCAAGGAGCUUUGCAAACUAACUGACAACCUUGAGACACGGAUUAACGAGCUGGAGACCUGGAGCCGGAAGCUGGCCAAGCUAAAGCGGUUGGACAGCAUGAAGUCCACUGUCAGCGGAGGGACACUAAGCCAAACUGGUAGCCAUUUUAGUCGGGCUGGAAGUGGGCGGCAUAAGAAAAGGCACCCAAAAGUUGGCAAUAAGACACCUCCCAACCCAACAGAGCAAGGUUGCCUUAGCCAGAAGUUCCUCCAAGGCACCAUCAUAGCUCUUGUUAUCAUCAUGGCAUUCAGUGUAAUAUCCAUGUCCACCCUUUAUGUGCUGAACUUGCGAAAUGAUGAUGGCGCUGAUGCUGAUGGACCAUUUGGAAACACCGACCCAGACUCCACCUCAACGGAAAACCAUUGGUCCACGCCUCUAGGCUCGCACGACUCGAUUGGAGCUCAACAACCAGUUGGUAUGUCUUCACCUGCUUCUCCUGUGUCCCACUCCCCUCGUCCACUUAGCUUAUGCCUCUCCUCUCCGUGUGAAGUAUUAUGCUGCCUCCUUAACUCUACACAUCCACCCAGCAGUAGCAUCCUGCCAGUGACUACCAUCCCAUUGACCCCUUCUUCAGCUAGCACUAACCAUCCCACUGCGGAUCAACCUGGCACAUCCGCCACCAGCAACAUCAAAGCCAAAUCUUCCGUGAAUGAGAAUCAGAAUGAAUAUAACAUCAGGCGGAUGUCUCCCAGAGACGGGAUCAGCAGUUCGAACAACUACAGUCCUUCACCACCGCAGAUCCUAAACAUCCACGGCAAGUCACAGUUCCCUCCUCACUUUACCAGCAUGCAGAAUAAACUGCCUGGCCUGCAGGCGAGAAGACAAAGAAGCACGGAGCAGACAGACUCAACUGACAGCAACUCAGGCUGGCAGAACACCACCUUAACUUCCACCCAAAUUGUCGAGAAUGGUCUGGAAAUCACGGAGCAGUACUGUCUGUCACAGGGAUCUUGCAGCUCAGGGAAUUAUACCUACUCAAUCCCAGUCAGCAAGACCACAUCCAUCGAUGUCACCAUCACCUUGCAAAUGAAGACCUCUUUGCCUCUGAUUGUUUAUCUGUGUAGUGUUAAUUAUGGCAAUUUAUGUGGGACUAUAUCUAAUACUGGCUUGAAGAUGGAAACUUCACCGACCCAGGGAACAACUCAUAACUGGCAACUGGUAGUUGGUCCGUACUAUGACAUCACCUAUCACUUUCGAGUGGCCAUUCCAAGCCAGGCUACGUGCAACAGUGACAGCACAUCUGCGGGAGAUACCUUCACACAAUACAGCUUCCAUUUCUACCGAGUCUGCAAUUGAACAGGGAGGUGCUCCAUGGUGAGACAGACCACUAGCUUUCCUCUACAAAAGCUUCAUCGUCAACGAGGAGUCUUCCUGGUUCCGGACAAUGCAGCCACUCAGAAUGACCAAAGGAGACACUGGUGUGACUGAGAAGCUCUACACACCACACACAUGCAGCCUGCACUUACAACUUCCUGCUGGGACAGGAACUUUUACACUUUGAAUGAGGGAUUGGGGCUGGGGGGAUGGGAUAGAGAGAGGGGGGAAAGGAAAUUUUUCCCUUUCCUAGAAAUAAAUUUUGGGAUGGGAUUUUCUGUACAGCACAGGCUAUUGUAAAAGGCACCAUUCAGUAAAAUAUUCAGAAAACGAUGGCUCAGACCAAAUGAAUCUUAGAACCUGUAUAGGUUGAGUUUAGGAUUAGGGCUGCAGCAUUAAAACCAAUUUUGCCCAGUUAUGCAAUAGAUAUAUUAUUAACAUUAAGAUUCUGUAACAAGAAGAUGCACCAAUUAACAUUCCUCUGUGCAACAAUCACAUAAAAUUUAGACACACCCCACUUUGUCAGUAAGAAUGGUUUCUACUGCUGAUUUCUGCCAUAACUGCAUAUGGGUUAUUGUAAUUAGUUCAGUGCCCCGUACAAGGGAAGGGAAAAACAAACCGGUCUAAUGUUGCUGAUGCUGCUUACUGUUCAAUGACUUCUGUUCCAAUGUCUAUUUAUGUUCAGAAUCAGAAUGAGUUGCAAAGAUUUCUGCAGUAAACAUGUUGUCAUAUGAAAAAGCAUCACUUAACUACAGUGCUGGAAGGGUUAUUGGCUCCUGGAGAAGUAUAUUUCAACAAUAAUAAGUAGUUGGAACAUGGACAAAAGUAUAGUAUUAUGUUGGGCUAUAUGUGGGGAAAAGCAUGGAAUGAAGUGAUUGGUUCUGGUCAUCAGUAAACUGGUGCAUUUUUACAAUACUGAGUGAUAAUCUUACACCUGUCUGGGAACUAAGUUAAUGGAGAAACUGAAAAAUGACACUACAAAUGCUAAUCUAUUGCUCAGGAAGAAGUAAUACCUUUUGUUACAAAGGAAAAAAGGUGAAAUUACUUAAAUGCUUUCACGCUUGCAUAUAGCAAGUCAACCACUGCCACAUACCCAUCUCUGAAGGUGCUGGCACACUGUAAUAAUUCUGCAAAAUUGAUUAACUUAUGUUACCAUUGCAAUGCAUUCAUUCUGUGGUGUUUAUCGUGAGCACUGGUCGCCAGGAUUGUCAUGGAUUACAUCACUCAUAUGAGUUCGCAAUUGCGUAUAUAAUUAUUUCUAGUGUAUAUUGCCUUAAAAUACAGCAGAAACAUAAUUGUACAAAUUCAUAGAUAGAAACCCACUUCAAAUUUAUGGAUCGAAAAUGUUGUGAGAAUCUGCAAGGAAUGCACAUCUUAACAUACAUCACAUAGAGCACUUUGCUAAUAUUUUGGGCAUGGAUAACAAAAAAUUAAACUGAAAUAUUUUGCCUCCAGAAACCAGAUCCAAACUAUCAAAAUUAAUCUUAAUCUGCUGGCUGGGACAGUUCUACUUAAAACAAGAUUGGGUAAUUUCAAUGUAAGGGUGUGGGGGGGGGGGGUCAACACUAGACUGCCCCAAAUCAUCAUUAAACGGUUGCAGGAUGAUUAGACUGGGUAAAUAUACACAUUACACUCCUCGCAGAGAUCACUCCCAAGGGUAAGGCUGAAGUGUCUUGUUGAGCAGGUUUAUUCUGCACUUAACUCAAAUAUUCCUCUUCUUGAUAAAACUAAAGACUCCAAAAAUGUCUAAUAUUUCAAACAUGCAAAUAUCUCUCAACCACCUUAGCUUUGAGGAUAGAGGAUUCAGCCUCUGAGCUGAACAUGAGAAUUCUGACAUAUCCUAACCUUCUCUGAGACACCGAUUUAUUCUGACCUGGUUACACUCUAGUUCUUGCUAAUAAAGUUAAGUCUGAAAUUACCCAUGUUCCACCAUGAUUGCUUCCCACUGCAUUCCUUAGGCAGUGUCAUUUAUCCAUAUCUCGUGCCUCUCCCUUUAACACCUCAUCGCCCUCUAUGGUGUUUCAGCCAGUAGACCAUAGAUUGGUGUAGGACUGUCAGUCCAAGAUGUUGUAGCACCCCUUUAACAUACUGCAAGAUCAAUCUAACCCUUCCCUCCCACACAGCCCUCCAUUCUUCAUUCACUUAUUGUCAGUACCUCCAGUUGAACUGUCUUUUUGUGUGUUUCCCCCAACUGUCAGUCUGUGGUUUUGUAUUGCCAUGUGCUCCUGUCCCUGCUCCUGCUCUACUCCGGCCCUUGUAUCACUAAUACUCUGUCUCGUCUGUUCCUCAUUAUUACCGGUAUUGCUGCCACCUGUGUCUCAUUGUGCUCCACCUAUCAUCUGCCUCUCGGUUUAUUGCUCAGUGUAUUUCAGUCCUGUGUUUUCACCUGUUUGUUGUCAGAUAGAGCCAGUGAAUUUUCCUGAGUCUUUCCAGCAUUCGUAUCUGUACCCCGUCUGCCUGUUUCCUGACUCUGGUUUUUGGAUUUCUCUGGAUGUUUUGAUCUCUGCCUGAACUUUGUUUGUACCUCGGGAUUUGUGACUCAAUUAAUAUCACUGUGUGCAUGUACUGGGUCUGUGAUUGGAUCCCUGCUCCAGUGUCCUGACACCUGUGUGCCUAUGCAAGAGUCUCUUACAUGCCCCUAAUGUAUCUGUCUCCACCACCAACCCUGGCAAUGCAUUUUUACACCGUGUUUUAAAAACAAAACACUUCUGACAUCGCCCCCCCCCCCCCAUGCUUUCCUCUAAAUACAUAAACAUUAUGUCUCCUUGUAUUAGCUAUUUCCACCCCAGGAAAAAGUCUCUGGCUGUCCACUCUACCUAAGCUUCUUAUCACCUUGGCCACAUCUAUCAAGUCACCUCUCAGCCUCUCCAAACUGAAAAGACCUGGCUCGAUUAGCUUGACCUCAUAUGACAUGCAGCAUCCUGGUAAAUCUUGUCUGCAUGGGUAUUUUUUCCUGGCAGCAACAUAAUACAUUGUAGUUAGAUCAUUAACCUAACAUGUCUGGUAUAAUAUAUAAAAUAUAAGUUACGCUGCUCCAUAAUUUGUCUAGAAUGGCUUUAGUAUUUCUGGAAAUCUAGAUGGGAUCUUGUUUGAGUUUAGUUUGCCCAAUUGUUCCUUCAGAACUGCCUUACUAAAAAUUAUUUAUAAUGAAUUUAGGUUAGCCAGCAGUUUAUAGAAUCUAAUUAAAGUGUAACAGUUUGAAGAUUGUUCUGGGCCACCUGCACAGUAGUUCAGCCAUACUGAAAGGAUGGCCAGAGACUUUAAGAUAGAUAGACUGUUUGUGAGUCCUCUAACUGCAGAAGAGAUGUAACAACCUCUAGUGUCCUGCUUUAAAAGUCAGACAGUCAGAUUGAGCUUUCUAUCUCUGUUAAGGCUUGAUAAUGGUGUAGUGUAUUGUCAGCUGUGAAAGGGAUAGAGCUUGGAUGUGAUGAUCACUGAGUGCACGGUUAUACGACAGAAAUAUAUCCAUUAAAAAGUCAAGAGACACGGUUUUAAUGUUCAGUAUAUGCCCCCCACAAGCAACAGUUAUCUUCUUAGCCCAACAAAAACUCCCCUGAAAUUUAACACAGUAAUGAGAAUGUCAAAUUAAAUGCAACCAGACAGGAUGAUCUGAGGCAAGAGCAUGUUUAAAUUACUAUUUUAAAGAAUUUAGUUAAUCGAGCUUAAUGUGUUGUAAGAUAGUUGUAUCAUGUGCCAAAAUAGGGACUGUAUAGUGGCCCCUUUCUCACGAAUGAGCGGAAGCCGUUUAACUGUAGGCUGUGAUGGUUCUAUGUGCAAUGUGUCGGGAAAGGACAUGGUCCCGGGACACCCGGGGGGAACCCGCCCCAAGGCCACACUUUGUCUGCAGGAGGUGCUCUUUAGAGAAUGACGUAUGAAGUAUAUUGCUGUAGCUAUCUAGAGGGAUUUUGCUUUAGUCCAUAACCUGGUGUGCUGCUACCGACCGAAGGAAUCGUUCCCGGCAAUCAAAUUCCGAAUUCUUGCACCGUUCUCCGUCGCAGCAGCAGGUCCUUAAAGUACCUAUGGGAGGAAAGUUGAGAACGGAUCUUUCACUUAAUCUGCAUGACUACUGAACCCCUUGAGGGAGGAAUCUUCCUGUAAAGCCCAAGCUGCUUCCCAACAUACCACGUCUUGCCCGGGUGAACGCAUUUCCACCGCCCUUCCAGGAAAUCUGGGAUGAAUAAAAUCCAAACACUGUCUGGAGCGGUUGUUGUAAAUAUUCUCUCGUGUAAAUGGUAUUUUAAACGCAAGGUCACGUCAGUUAUUAGGAUCACAAUAACUCGCGAGAUACUAAACCCAGUUAAUGUAAUGUGACUGUUACGGAAUCAGAGUGGACUGCUUUUGUGUGUAUUAAUAAUCCUUAUUUUAAAAGCCUUACCUAGGGUAUAGCGAUCCGGUUGAGCGUUGCUCUGGAUUUCCAGCAUCUGCAGGAAAUCCUGGUUCAUGAGCGUGAUCGCCCUGAUCAGCAGUAACCACACGCUAAUUGACUCGUGGAAGGUAAUCAGACGAGGAUGCAACUCCUGGCUGUCAUCAGCCAGUGAUUCUGCUAAUGUUUCUGUGUAGACAACAGUUCAAGAGAGGAUCAGAUUUUAGAUCCAAUGCGUCUCAUGGGAAUCGGCCGAAAAAGUGGAAUUAAGGUCAAUCAUCUAACCGUCUGGUUCCAUUGAACGGCAGGGUCUGUGUGUCCUCCCCUCGUUCUUAUCUUUUGUCAUUACGUUCUGCCGCUAUUUGCUGGCCUCGUCCAAGAUCACCAGCUGCUUGGACCAGGUGUUGAGAGGAUAGCUGGGAGCAGUUAUUCCAGGUGAGAGAGGCACAUGGUGCCUGUUGCCACACAGCAGGAAAUCUGUUCCACAAUCCCUCCAUCACUUAAAGAUCGGGUGGUUUUAAUUGACGAUCUUUGGGCUCCUGCGUGACGCACUCGGAUGAGGUACCCCAACAGCCACUUUGCUUCAGCCCUGAAUCAACCUUCAGCUGAGGAAUAAAACUGGAGAGGAAACACUAACGAUAAGUUAACAUUAAAGGUGUUGAUACUUAAGAAAAGGAAACUGGAUUGUAUCAAACGUGUGGUCAAUAGCCUCCCGAGGUCAGGCCACGUGGUACCGAGAUUAACGCCGGCAGGGGGCGCUGCGCCCACUGCUUAAACUUAACUAUCUUAAAAAUAUCAAUUGCUAAACAAAAAUAGCUCAAAGCUCCCUGUAAAUAUUAUGUAUUUUAAUUGCUAUUGCAAUCAUUUCGUAAAGCACUAAUUCUUGUUUUAUUUUUACAAUCACAUGUUAAUCGUUGUACGUAAUUAGCUUUUUUACGUGUUAAAAUUUUGUUUUUUAUUCAGCUGUUGGUUAUGUGUAAGAUAGGCUUAGAAAUUACGUUUCUGCUAGUUUUAUGUUUAGCUUCAGUGUACUUGAGGUUUAUUGUGUUAUUGAAAAUAUAUUUAUUGUUCUGUAUUAAUGUCUGGACAGCUGACUCAUUUUGUGUGUCCAGUUACAGACUGUGUGAAGCUGCAGCAGCAGGGAUGAAAUAACACACAGCCAACUCUUAUUGCAGGACACCAGAACAGCCUUUCUGUUUCCUAUUGCGCUCUGGACGAGGCAAUCGUCUUAAUGUUAAUUUAUGACUUUGGAAAUCUCUUUAAAAGCACAGUCCUUGUGUUAUUAUUUUAGCAAAAUUUGAUAUGUAAUAUCGUCCCCCAUCACCCCCCAACUAGGUUUAAUACCGCAAACUCGAGUCUGAAAACUCGCGAAACAUGCUGUUAUAUCGCCAAAAAGUACAUUUUUGAAGGAAGAUAACAAAAAAAAGUAAUUUCGCCACCUAUCUGACUAAUGGAUAAUGUUAGAGGAUGUAUAAUGUGGCUGAUUAUUUAAUCUCUUCUGUGGCGAAGUUGGGAAUCGUUUGACGAAACGUGUUAUGACCGUUGAAUAUGUUCAUCUCUUACCAAAUAGUACUGCAGCUGUCGAUAUGCAAUAAAUAUUGUUAACUAAAACAUUCCUGUGGUUCAUGGUACGUGCAGCUGUCAACCGUUGACAUAACACACAACACUAAAGUGUUUUUCUACAUCGCUUGUUGAAAAGGAAGAUUAAUUUCAAACGUUAAUUGCCAAAUCGAUUUGUAUAUUUUUUUUACCUAGCAUUUAACAAUAAAGAUUAUUAUCCAA